AUGGGUAUCGCGCAGCCGGGGACUUCCCAGCAUCAGCCGCCACGUCAUCAUCAGCAACACCUCGCGCUCGUGCAGCACCUUGGCGGAGCUGACGUGGAGGUGGGCAUGGAUGACGUGGACGUGGCGGAGGGCGACGAGGGCGUGAUGGACGACGACGGCGACGACGACGGCGGCGAGCACGGCGGCGCGGGGUCGGGCGAGCACGACCACGACGGCGUCAUGGCCGCCGGCGAUGGCGGAAUGGGCGGCGCGAUUCGCGGCGGCGGGCCGAACAUGCUGUCGCUGUCGUACCACGGCGAGGUGUACGUCUUCGACUGCGUGCCGCCCGAAAAGUUUGGGGCAACGGGCUGCGCGGAUGGGGCAGGGGGUUGCCAUGGUAGAGCGGAGGCGGACGAGAGGAGUGCAGUGCAGAGCGCAGGGGUGGUGAAGCGGUGCACGGUGCAGGCGGUGCUGCUGCUGCUGGGAGGCAGGGAGGUGCCGCCAUCCAUGGCGGGCAGUGUUCCCCAGCACCACUUCAAGGUGCCCCCCGCCCACUCCCCCCCUCUCCCUCCCCCUCCCCCUCCCCCUCCCGCUCUUCCGCCGUCCUCCUACCCGUCCUCUUUUUCACCCCUCCCACCUCCUGCCCUCGUCCUCUCCUUCCCACCUCGUUCAUGCCGCUCAUUCUCACUUCCUACAUUCCUUCUCGUUGUCCCACAGGCGUCCCUCCUUCCCUUCCCUUCCCCUCAUCUUCCUGCGUCCAUGCAUGUGCGGCAUGUGGGGGGGGGAGUGGGGGGCGACCUGCCGGUGCGGCUGAACCAGCCGCAGCGCCUGGCGUCUCUCAACCGCUUCCGGGAGAAGCGCAAGGAGCGCAACUUCGACAAGAAGAUCCGCUACAGCGUGCGCAAGGAGGUGGCGCAGAGGUGA